AUGGGUUGGUUUUGGGCCGAUGUAGCAGCCACUUCCUCGUCGCCAUCACAGCGACCUGCUGUGCCAAGGCACUCUCAAGGCGCUGGAGAUGGCUCGCCUCCACCUAGCUGUCCUAUGCAUAAGCGCACUACCGAUGCUCUAAACUCCUCGUCAUACCAACGGCCCGCGACUGCAGCACCCCCGUCAUCCUGCCCAGUCCCGCAUGGCGACCGCGAGGCCCUAGCGGAGCAAGAGGAGUCGACCUUGUCGAAGCUCAACCCACUCAACUAUAUGUUCCAGUCCAUAUCGCAAGCGCCAGCGCCUAAUCAGACUCUGGCUCUUCCCACGUCGCGCGAGCCUUCGUCGAUUCCUAAGGGCACUGGUGACGGUUUUUGGGAGUAUCCUUCGCCACAGCAGAUGUACAACGCAUUGCUGCGCAAGGGCCACACGGAUACCGACAUCACGGCAGUUGAGAGCAUGGUUUCUGUCCACAAUUUCUUGAACGAAGGCGCCUGGGCCGAGAUCGUCGAAUGGGAACGAUGGUUUGGGAAAGGCCUCUCGCGAGGUUGGGAGAUCAGCAAGCGCGGGGAGGAGAAUGCGCCGAUGGUAUUGAGGAGAUUGGAAUCCCAGGAGGGCGGGUAUCCAGAGCAGCCGAAACUGGUUCGUUUCCAAGGGAGGCCUCAGGAAAUGACCCCCAAGGCGGCAAUGUUGCAGGUGGCGGGCUGGUUGUAUCCGUCCAUGUUUGGAACCGAACCCCCCUUCGAUCGCCACGACUGGUACGUGUCUCGAAAUGUCAACGGCCAGACCAAAGAAGUGCGCUACGUGAUCGACUACUACUCUGGUCCGCCGGAGGAGACCGGCGAGCCUGUCUUCUUUCUUGACGUCCGGCCUGCCAUCACCCCGACCGGGGCAGCAGAACGGCUGCUCCGAUGGGGAGGAGAUGUCUGGUGGAAAGCCUCUGGAGGCGAGGCUCGCUUUUCCAGCCCAGAAACCCGCAAAUAA